AUGAAGUGUGUACCUUCCCCUCAGGCCCUACGGCUGAUGCAGCACAUGAUCCGAGGUCCUGUUAUUCGACCUCGAACAUGCAACCCCUUCCUACCCCUCGCUCGACAAUUCCACGCCUCCGCUCAACGUGAAAGGGCAGAGAAACACGUCCUCUCGGACAUCGGUGAAGGCGUCAAAGAGGUCCAGAUCAUUCAGUGGUUCGUAGAAGAAGGUGCGUCCAUUGAAGAAUGGAGUCCACUCUGCGAAGUCCAAAGUGACAAGGCCUCGGUCGAGAUCACCUCCAAAUACACCGGAGUCGUGAAGAAGAUCUACUUUGGCCAGGACGAUGUCGUACAGACUGGUGACACCCUUCUCGAGGUGGAAGUCGAGGGAGACGCCGAGUCAGACCAACCCACAGAACAAGAGGCAGAACAGACAGAGCAGAUCGCAGAAAGUCCUGCCGCGGAAAAGAAGACAGUAGCAGAGGCCAAGACGGAAGCAGAUCCAAAGCCACCCGGAAAGCACGCCUUCCUCGCAACACCAGCGGUCCGUGGACUGUUGAAAGAACACGACCUGGCAAUUGAAGACAUCGCUGGUACGGGUAAAGAUGGACGUGUUCUGAAAGAGGAUGUCUACAAACAUCUUGAAGGGGCAUCUCAACAGUCUUCCGCGACCUCGACCUCGGCAACCACAAAACCACAAAUCGAUGCCAAACAAACUGAGACUGCACAGAAACUCACUCCGGUCCAGUCGGCCAUGUUCAAGAGUAUGACGGGUUCGCUCUCCAUCCCGCACUUCCUCUUCUCCGACUCGGUCGACCUUACCACUCUAUCUUCGAUGCGAUCGAAGUUGAACAUUCUUCGCAAUCCCGACACAACACCCAAAUUGUCGUACAUGCCAUUCAUGAUCAAAGCCGUGUCACUUGCUCUCAACCAAUACCCGAUCCUCAACGCCAGACUGGACGUGACGACCGAUCCCAAGAAACCUCAAUUGGUGUUGCGAUCGGUCCACAAUAUCGGCGUGGCCAUGGACACCCCCAACGGAUUGAUUGUCCCAGUCAUCAAAGCAGUCAACGCGCGAUCAAUCACGUCUAUCGCCGAAGAACUCCAGAGACUGGCCAAACUCGGCCAAGCCGGCAAACUCAGCAACAGUGAUCUCACUGGCGGAACCAUCACCGUCAGCAAUAUCGGCAACAUUGGUGGCGAAGUGGUCGCUCCUGUCAUUGUCGAGGGGCAACUCGCGAUCAUGGGAGUGGGAAAGAUCAAGACAGUCCCUGUAUUUGCCGAUGACGGCGUUACAGUGAAACCCGCCUUGCAAGCCAAUGUCAGCUGGAGCGCAGAUCAUAGAGUCGUAGAUGGAGCAACCAUGGCUCGCAUCGCCACCAAGGUGCAGAAAUACCUCGAAGAGCCUGGCAUGAUGAUUGCGGACAUGAGUUGA